AUGUCAGAGCUAGAACAAUGCAGAUCUGAAAUUAAAGUAUGGGAGAAAAGCUUUGCGGCCGAGUUUGAUCGUCUUCCCACUAAGGCUGAUAUCAAAGCUAAUUCGGCCAUAAGAAAAGCAUACAAAAGGUAUCAGAGCCUCAAAAGCAGAGCACUCAAGACAGAGGAGUCCAAAAUCAAUGCUAUCCCUGAGUCAAGCCUGUUCAAUUUCGUGUUCAGUGACGAUAGUGAUGUCGAAUCGCUAGAACCUACGUUUAACGCAGAACUCGGGCCAACUCCACAAGCUAAUGGUAAAGUGCUUUCUCUUUUUGACGUCAUUCCGAGUCCUCCGGAGUCGUCGCCAUUGAAGUCUCGUCUGUUCGAUUUGGCAAAGUCAAGCACUGAAUUUGGACAGGUCCCUAUUCUACGCCAAAUCGGUGAUCUGCCGUUCAAGCUGAGUCAAUUUUUAUCACCUAGCAAAAAAAAGGGUGAUGCUCUCACGUUCAAAACGCCAACAAAAGCUGUCAAGCCUCUCACAUUUUCCAGUCUAACUCCGUCGAGAUCAUCUGCUAGUUUAUCAAGCAGGCUACAAAUGGCAGCACAGAGCUCUCCCAAGGCACGGAAAAAUUCAUUUGAAGGAUCCGAAACGCCUUUGUAUCUAGGAAAAGUUAACUCUCGGUUUUCUAUGGAAAGCCUCUCACCUUAUAAGAAUGCAUUGAGCCAAAGCCCGAGCUUAGAGGCAUCACCUACUAAAGCAUUGCACCAGACUCCUACAAAACCAGCAAUGAAAUUCCAAGUUUCUCCAUCUCCACUUAAAACACAACGAGUUCUACUGCUCGGUGGAGGAAAGCGAAUCUCAACUUUAUUCAACGAGUUACAAAACUUAGCUAAAGACGAGAGUCUUGAGGUGCAAAAGCUAGAGAUUGAGCGAGAACUCCAAAUUCAAGAAGAAGACGUGCUGUCGCUGGAAGAAGAAGAGGACGAGCGAAUGAAAAUUAGACGGAGAAAGGCAAAGACUCAAAAGCGUACAACCAGAAGAUACAAAAUGAAGCCUAGAGCCGAAAACGAUGCAGAAGGUUUUGAUGGUAAAGAUGUGCAUGCAGAAAUUGCAAAGCUAAAUGAUGUAACUCAUCAAGAUUCAGAGGAAGAGGAGGAGUCUAAUAGUGAUGAUGAGAACACUUUACCUGCCAAAGCCAAGCGGCCACCAAGUACGACCCUUAGACCAAUCAGUAACAACUACAAACGUCUCAAGAUUAAUGAUCCAAGAACUAAACGCUUCAAGCAGCGGAUGAGAAGGAGAUGA